AUGCCAUCGACCCGCGCUCUCUCAAGCUCUCAGUGCCAUGGAUUCUCCUCAUGACGACGGCUUUGCGUCGGAGAUGGCGGAGCUGCCGCUGGAGACGCGGUACCCGCCCUUCGCGCUGCGCCAGUACGCUGGCUUCUGGCUGCCGGAGCGGACGCUGGCGCGCGGCCUCCCGGCGGCACGCGACCGGUUCGCGCCCAGGCCGGACGACGUGCUCCUCGCCAGCUUCCCCAAGUCCAGCACCACGUGGCUCAAGGCGCUUGCCUUCGCGACCGUGCACCGCGCCUCGCACCCACCGUCCGCCGACGACCACCCGCUCCGCCGCCUCAGCCCGCACGGUUGUGUUCCGUUCCUUGAGAUCAGCCUCGCGUUCGCCGACGACGUGGGCGCCGCGGCGGCCGCGCUCGAGGCACUUCCUUCCCCGCGCGUGCUCGCCACGCACCUGCCCUUCUCCCUCCUCCCGGGACACCUCGCCGCCGCCGGCCGGGUCGUGUACAUCUGCCGGGACCCCAAGGACGCGCUCGUCUCCUCGUGGUUCUUCACCAGGAAGGUGUUGGAGCACCUGGGCCUCGACGCGGAGUCCUUAUCGCUCCAGGAGGCCGUGGAGCUCUUCAGCGCGGGGCGCUGCCUCGCCGGCCCGCAGUGGCGGCACGUCGUCAAGUACUGGGAGGCCAGCGUCAGCCAUCGGAACGAGCACAUGGACAGGGUCCUGUUCCUCAGGUACGAGGAGAUGCUCCGCGACCCCGUGGGGAACCUGAGGACGAUGGCAGAGUUCAUGGGGUGCGCCUUCUCCGCGGAGGAGGAGGAGCGAGGGGUGGACCGCGCCAUUGUGGAGCUGUGUAGCAUGGAGAAGCUCAAGAAUGUGGAGGCUAACACGCAGGCGGGUUCGCGCGUGAAGGCCGAUGACUUCUUCCGGAAGGUGGUAGCCGGGGAUUGGAGCAACCACAUGACGCCGGAGAUGGGGAUGAUGGUGGACGAGGCUGUGGAGGACGGGCUCCGAGGGUUUUAGCUUCGCCGACUCAACUCUGGCCAACCCUCAAACUUUGCCCGGCAUGCAGCAGCUCGUGGGCAUGAUGGUUUUCUUUGAUUUUUGUUUUCCUUUUGGUUCAAUAAUGCAUCUUUGUGUCCUUGUUUUUUGGUCCGGUGAUGCGCUCUCUCUCUCUCUCUCUCUCUCUCUCUCUCUCUC